CAGGGAGACAGAGACACGGGCACCUCAGGACACACACCGGAGACACACACAAACACACACCGGAGACACACACACAGGUUGUUUUUUUUUAAUGGACGCCGACGGCGAAGAGGUCACCAUGAAGGAACCCAGAGGAAGAGACCGUCAGUCGGGUCCAGGCAGGCAUCAAAUACUCGAUGGUCAAGCAGUGGGUGUGGCACGUGGAUGGAGAUGACUUUAAAUCUUUGGAGAAUCCAGAAACUGACAUUGGCUUGUGUGGCUGGCUGUUGGUGGGGUUCUCCCUGCUGCUCAUGCUGGUUACCUUUCCCAUCUCCAUAUGGAUGUGCAUUAAGAUUGUGAAGGAGUAUGAGCGAGCCAUUAUCUUUCGCCUGGGGCGCAUUUUGCGAGGAGGAGCCAAAGGACCAGGGUUGUUCUUCAUCCUGCCCUGCACUGACAGCUUUAUUAACGUAGACAUGCGCACCAUCACCUUCGAUAUCCCACCACAAGAGGUUUUGACCAAAGACUCUGUGACCGUGAGUGUGGAUGGUGUGGUGUACUACCGGGUCCAGAAUGCCACUCUGGCCGUGGCUAACAUCACCAAUGCCGACGCCGCCACCCGACUGCUCGCCCAGACCACGCUGAGGAACGUCCUGGGAACCAAGAACCUGGCGGAGAUCCUGUCUGACCGUGAAGAGAUCGCGCACAGCAUGCAGUCAACUCUGGAUGAUGCAACUGAUGAAUGGGGGAUCAAGGUGGAGCGGGUUGAGAUCAAAGAUGUCAAGCUGCCCCUUCAGCUCCAGAGAGCGAUGGCGGCUGAGGCGGAGGCAAGCCGCGAGGCCAGAGCCAAGGUGAUCGCAGCGGAGGGAGAGAUGAACGCCUCUCGGGCUCUGAAGGAGGCCUCCCUGGUGAUCGCAGAGUCUCCGUCUGCCCUGCAGCUGCGCUACCUUCAGACCCUCAACACCAUCGCCGCCGAGAAGAACUCCACCAUCAUCUUCCCGCUGCCACUGGACAUGAUGCAAGCCUUCAUGAAACACUAAGGGGUCUUUGUACUCGUCAGUCAAACUCACACACCAUUUACACACACACAUAUUUAGUCCCUGUGUCCAGUUCAGGAAGUUUUGAUUUUGGCUCAUGAAGCAUCAAGCUUUCCUCAAAAGUCCGACACUUGAAACUCUCUUUGCAUUUAAACUCACCACAAAGCCGAUAGUCGACCGCCAGCCUACACACAGGUAUAUGUCCCACCUCUCUGUCGAUUAGUAAUCAUGACCAAUCUCAAGCCUGUGGGUUUUUGGUUAUCAUGUUCCAAACUGCCAAUUCUGCAGAAAAUUAUUCUUUUAGAUCUGUCGUAAAAAAAGAAGAGGUGAAGUAAAAAAAAAAACUGAAAUGUAACUUGUGUCACAUGUUUGCUCAGAUCUGACCAAAGCAGAUGCGUCGCUGUACAGUAUUUAAAAAAGGUUAUUGUGAACGACGCGUUCCGCAGCAGGUGGUUCAGCUUUUAUCCUGCACGUUCCCCUGACUGUCAAAACAGAGGCAGGAAGCCCAAACCUUUCAUCAUCCCUUUCUCAAACACUUUAAAGCAAAGUGCCAGCUGGAUAUGCAGCCUUACAACUGUGCACACACACACACA